ACAAAUAGAACAAAUUCAAUCCAAUUGGAAUAUAGAACCCUAAUUUCCAACCAGAAGAAAAAACAAUGAAAGCUAUUGCUUUUCCCUCUGUAAUCGCAAGUCUCAGCUUCCCUCUUCGCCGCGGCUCACUCCUCUUCCGCUCGCCGGCGACGGCGACCUCAAAACCGUUGUUUUCUUCUUCUUUUUAUUCCAUUUCGUCUGCCUGUUGGUGGUUGAAGAGAGGAAGGGGAAGGAAAAGCAUCGGAAGUAAUAUGUCUGAUCCUUCUACUUGUGCAUCGUCGUGUUCGUUAUCGUCUGCGAAUCCGGAGGUUCUGGUAGCCUCGACGAAGCAGAAGUCGCCACCGCCUCAGCAGCCCUGGCUCAUUAUCGGCCUUGGGAAUCCCGGCAAGAAGUACAACGGCACGCGCCAUAACGUUGGAUUUGAGAUGGUGGAUGCCUUGGCUGAAGCAGAGGGGAUUUCCGUGAACAGUGUUAACUUCAAGGCCUUUCUUGGGAAAGGUAUGAUGGGGAAUGUCCCUGUUAUGCUGGCUAAACCUCAAACUUUCAUGAAUGCAAGUGGUGAGUCUGUCGGGCCGAUUGUGUCGUAUUACAAAAUCCCGUUAAAACAAGUACUUGUGAUUUAUGAUGAUUUAGAUUUGCCCUUUGCCAAAAUGCGGUUGUUACCAAAAGGUGGUCAUGGUGGGCACAACGGGAUGAGAAGCAUAAUAGAUCACUUUAAAGGAAAUCGUGAUUUCCCACGUUUAAGAAUAGGGAUCGGGCGACCUCCAGGGAAGAUGGACACAGCUGCUUUUGUCCUGCGUCCUUUCAACAAACAAGAGCGGGAAGAGUUGGACUUUACAUUCCAAACCGGGUUGGAGGCGAUACGGAUCCUUUUGCUCGAAGGGUUCAAUAAAAGUGCAACCUUUGUCAACUCCCGGAAAUCGAUAGAACAACUCGGUUAAGGAAUUUCCCUUUGGAAGAUUCAUUCUUUUGAUUCUAGCUCUGUCUUGGGUCGCAUAUUCUUUGAGGAUACACGAGAACCUCACGAAAACACGUGUUGUGCCAUCAUAGUGUGCUUUUCAUUUAAUGUGAACAAUAGAAUUUAAGGAUUUUUGUUUCACAGACUUUUGGACAAUCCCAUUUUUAAAUGGAAUAAUUAGGGAUGGGUAUUUUGGUGAGGUUAUUUUUCU